UGCUGGUCCAGAGUCUCUCAUGGGUCCCUGUACGGCCUCCCAUUGCUGCUGUCUCCAUCGCCACACUCUGCCAUGUGCCACUUUCAGGUCUCCUCACACUGCUGGUGUGUUCCAUUUUGUCAUAGGGUGCUGGCAGAUUACGGGCCUCCCAUUGCUGCUGCCAGGCCCGUAAUCUGCCAUGGGCCCCUGUACCGCCUCCUAAUGCUGCUGCCAGGUCCAGAGUGUGUCAUGGGUCCCUGUACGGCCUCCCAUUGCUGCUGUCUCCAUCGCCACACUCUGCCAUGUGCCACUUUCUGCCACACUGCUGGUGGGUUCCAUUUUUGUCAUAGGGUGCUGUAUGGCCUCCCAUUGCUGCUGCCUCCACCGCCGCACUGUGGCUCCACACUCUGGUUUUGGCCCCGUGACUGCCCAAAUGAGUGA